AGCCCAUUCUGCUGCAGAGCAAGAGUACAGAGCCAUAGAGUCUGCAAGAGUCCUGAGCUGCAACCAAGGCUGGAUACGGCACCAGAAGCAAGGUGAAUCCGUACCUAUUGUGCUGGAUAUAGACACCAACUUCUAACCUGUUAACCUGUUAGGAGCUGCCUCUCUGCAGCACUGAGAAGAGCAUUUUCAUGUACCAGAGUCUCAAGUGUAUUGACUUCUGCCAGGAAACAGCAGACAGCAUGAAUGGGAUUGUAACACUGGCAUGUGACUGACACCUAUGAUUUUCUUUUCCACCUUGCAGUUUUAUCAGAAGGCGUUAAUAUGGCUCUGAGAUAUGCAAAUGAUUGCAAGCAUCUAACAAGAUCAAUAGUUUAGUCAUUUUAUUGCAGGGGGAGUAGCCAGCCUGUAAUAAGGUCCAGCGUCAUGUAUGAAUGGGCACAUGACAGCACCUAGGAAGGCUUGCACUAAUAUGAACCUGGAUCUUUAAGAAGAAGCAACAUUUUAGAUUACAAAGCACUGUAGGAUCAAGGGUCAAGCAGGACCUGCUAUGACUAGCAUGAUUGCCUAUUUGCACCUUUCAAGGAAAAAUAUAGUUUACAUGGGCACAAAUGAGCUUGGAUUCUACAAAGGAGAGGGAAGAAGAUCUGCGCGGCAUUAUGGCAGAGCUAUUUCAAGUUGCACGUCUUUUUGAUAACUCCUCUGAGGCUUGGUUAGCCCAAAAGAUUGGUGUGACUAACCAUUUGGUGCAAUACAGGUCCACUUACUACCACACAAAGCAUUAAUGCCUGAGCUUCAGUUCGGAAACUUUUUUUUCAUAUUAUAUUAUUAUUUGUUUGUACAAUUAUUAUUAUUGUUAUCAUCAUCUUUGGCUGUUGUCUAUUUUUUUGCUUUUUAACUAACCAUUGUGGCAUAAAUGGAUGGACAGAUGCCUGUGAAACACUGUGAUCAUUUGUUUCUCACCUCCUGGACAUUACUGCACUCAUGGAAUACAUUACUGGCAAUAACCUAUGACUCUGGCAGCGUCGCUGUUAAAUUUUGGAUUAAAUCUCUUGAAAUUGUGAAGGAAAAAGAACGGCUGGGAAGUUAAUGUAGCCGGCCCCGUGAAAAUGAUGCACGUCAAUAAUUUUCCAUUUCGGAGACAUUCUUGGAUAUGCUUUGAUGUGGACAAUGGCACCUCAUCGGGACGGAGUCCCUUGGAUCCCAUGACAAGCCCAGGAUCAGGGCUGAUAUUACAAGCCAACUUUGUCCACAGUCAACGAAGGGAAUCCUUCCUGUACAGGUCAGACAGUGACUAUGACCUCUCCCCAAAGUCCAUGUCUAGGAACUCCUCCAUCGCUAGUGACAUACAUGGAGAUGACUUGAUUGUAACACCAUUUGCUCAGGUACUGGCCAGUCUGCGUACUGUAAGGAAUAACUUUGCUGCAAUAACCAACUUGCAAGAUCGAGCGCCCAGCAAAAGGUCAACAAUGUGUAACCAACCAUCCAUCAACAAAGCAAGUAUACCAGAGGAGGCCUACCAAAAACUGGCCAGCGAGACCCUGGAGGAGCUGGACUGGUGCUUGGACCAGCUGGAGACCUUACAAACCAGGCACUCCGUUAGUGAGAUGGCCUCAAAUAAGUUCAAAAGAAUGCUCAACCGGGAGCUCACCCAUCUAUCGGAGAUGAGCCGGUCUGGCAACCAGGUCUCGGAAUAUAUCUCAAACACAUUUUUAGAUAAACAACAUGAAGUGGAGAUGCCGACGCAGGCCCAGAAAGAGAAAGAGAAGGAGAAGAAGAAGAGGCCCAUGUCUCAGAUCAGCGGGGUGAAGAAACUAAUGCACAGCUCUAGUCUGACCAACUCCAGUAUCCCCAGAUUUGGCGUAAAAAGUGAAAAUGAAGACUCUCUAGCCAAGGAACUUGAAGAUGUGAAUAAAUGGGGCCUUAAUAUUUUUAAAGUAGCGGAAUAUUCUGGAAACCGACCUCUCACAGUGGUCAUACACACUAUAUUUCAGGAACGGGAUCUGUUGAAGACAUUUAAAAUUCCAGUAGACACCUUAGUUACAUACUUAAUGACUCUAGAAGAUCACUAUCAUGCGGAUGUGGCUUAUCAUAAUAACAUACACGCGGCAGAUGUUGCGCAGUCUACUCACGUGCUGCUUUCAACCCCAGCUCUGGAGGCUGUUUUCACAGAUAUGGAAAUUCUUGCUGCAAUCUUUGCAAGUGCAAUACAUGAUGUUGAUCAUCCUGGAGUGUCCAACCAGUUUCUUAUAAACACAAACUCAGAAUUAGCCUUGAUGUACAAUGACUCAUCGGUUCUGGAGAACCACCAUUUAGCUGUGGGUUUCAAGCUGCUGCAAGAAGAGAACUGUGACAUUUUCCAGAACUUGACCAAAAAGCAGAGACAAUCAUUACGGAAAAUGGUCAUUGACAUAGUACUAGCAACAGAUAUGUCAAAGCAUAUGAAUUUAUUGGCUGAUUUAAAAACAAUGGUGGAAACCAAGAAAGUGACGAGCUCGGGGGUCCUUCUUCUUGACAACUACUCGGACAGGAUUCAGGUUCUGCAAAACAUGGUACAUUGUGCGGAUCUCAGUAAUCCAACCAAGCCUCUGCAGCUAUACCGAGACUGGACAGACCGGAUAAUGGAGGAAUUCUUCAGGCAAGGAGACCGAGAGCGGGAGCGAGGGAUGGAAAUAAGCCCCAUGUGUGAUAAGCACAAUGCGUCUGUUGAAAAAUCACAGGUCGGCUUUAUAGACUACAUUGUUCAUCCAUUGUGGGAGACAUGGGCAGACCUCGUUCAUCCGGAUGCCCAAGAUAUUCUGGACACUUUGGAGGACAAUCGAGAAUGGUAUCAAAGCACAAUUCCCCAGAGUCCAUCCCCUGCCCCAGAUGAGCAGGAGGAAGGUAGACAAGGCCAAACAGAAAAAUUCCAGUUUGAACUAACACUGGAAGAAGAUGGGGAGUCUGACACAGAAAAGGACAGUGGCAGUCAAGUAGAAGAAGACACCAGCUGUAGUGACUCAAAGACCCUUUGUACACAGGACUCUGAAUCCACUGAAAUUCCACUUGAUGAUCAGGUGGAAGAAGAGGAAAGCCAGAUAGAACCUAGCGCAUUAGAAGGAGAGCAUUCUCCAGACACGUAACAGUGUGCAACGCUUUCUCUCUCUCUUUUUGUUAUGUUUUUGUUUUCUUUUUAUUAGAAAAUGGUUUCCAAAGUGCAUGAAACAUGCCGCAACCAUGCUCACACCUCACUUUCAUCUGCCAGGAUAUUUGUUGAUCAAAACUGACCUUAUUUACUCAGUUUGGCACUCAGGAAUAUUAACUGAAAUCCAUAACCACAGCAUUGAAAAGCUAACCGGUAAACAUUGUCAGACAAUUAAAAUCAUCGGCUACUCCAAAAGGUUUCUCGUGGAGUGACGAGAGCAGGAAAGACCACAUGGUUCUGCUUGCAAAGAAGAACAAGCAACAGCCGGAGUAAGAGAGAAGUAGUACUAGAGUGCUAGCCUUUUUUUUGCAACGGAAAGUGGAGAUGUGGAAUUUUAAGACACAUCACAGCUGGUAUAGCAUCGGGAUGGUGAGCUGUGGCGAUUACAUCAUUUUCUAAUUUUAAGUCUUCCUGAUUAAAUGACUGAAAAUAUAUAUAUAAAAAAGAAAAAUCUGCCGCUCAUUGGGCUGCAACAUCCUUUACAUUUUUGUAUCAUAUGUAAUUCAAUUUUGUUUUGUUUUUUUGUAGAGCUUACUUUUAUUAUUAAAUAUAUUGAGGUAUUCUAUUUAAAAAAGAAAAAAGAAAAAAAAAAAAAAGGUACAUUCAUCCACCACUGAUUUUUUUUCCAAAGAGUAACUUGCAAGUUUUCACUACAAGUAAUGUGCUACACUGGACAACUUCUCCGUUUUAUGGAUUUUUUUGCACCUUAGAAUUUCAUAGCAAUUGAUCGGACUCUAGUGAUCCAUUCUUUUAUAUGCUUGUACCUUUCUUAAAGACACUGUCUUGCAGGAAACCCUUUCAGUACAACUUAGUUUUUAAUCCUAUUUUAAUGUUCUGAUUAGCACAGAAAGAAUGCAUUGGCCACUUUCCAAUAUAUAGUGGAAGGUCACCCCCUCCGUCAUGUACAGUUCACCCCGUAUCAAUGUCUCAAGCCUCGCUAAACCACAAAAUAGGGAUAAGAUUGUCCAAGGUUUUGUGUGAUCUUAAAGCUCCAUGCUGUGUAUGUUACCUUAAAUGUAAUGCAAAGAUGUUUCAUACUGAAUGCCUUUAGCUGUGUUCCAUGUCCUAACCUAAUUGGCUUGUGUGCAAUACCAUAGAAAGUUGGAAAUAUGUUCUGCAAUGUUUUCUAGUCAUAUAACUGUAUCCUAUAGCUGUGAAAUUGUAGCAUACAGCUAUGGUGAUCAAUACAAUAUAAAUAUAUGUUAAUCAUAUGUUCAUUCACAGGUCUGAACAUCCGCAAUCAGCAACAUCACACUUAGCGUCCUGUAGUUCUUUCCAAUAGCAAAAUGCCUUUGAACACAUCAAGACCCAACAAAACUUAAAAUAAAAUAAAGUUCAGCAUUAGACAAAUGCCAUGUUCAUUCUAGAGCUAAAAAUAUUAAAAAAAAAAUUACAAAAUGAAUCUUUCUGCCUGUCUAAGCUUGCAGUGCUGAAGGAGCAGUGUUACUAGGAAAGCUUUUGGCACUAAAAUCAUCAGUUCUCUGUAAAACAAAAAUGCAUCAAAUUGCAUGCAGACUUAUCUUUUUGUGUAUGAUCUUGGCCAAAAAAAAGAAAUAUUUUUGACUAAAAAUACAAAAACAGAAAAAAAGCAAAAGCUCUUUAAAAAAGAAGAAAAAAAGAAAAGGAUUUCAGCCUUUGGCGUAGCCUUAAGUGUCUCUUACUUGUGUUUCACGCCUUUAAAAUAGUUUUUAUUUGAAAAGAAAACUUAGAAAAUGUCUCAUUCGCAGUCAAUACCUCCAGCAAAAUCUAUAUUGGUAAAUGCUUUUUAUAGCACCCACUGUGCUGUCCCAUAUGUAGAGAUUUCCCAUUUCACGUAUCAGUGAUGCUGUUCAUCUCUUUUCCUCCCCAUGGAGUGCCUGGAAUGUAACCAUUAAAAAAAAAAAAAAAAAAAAA